GCUUGUUGGAGGCUCUAGGUGGUCAUGGUGACGACGUCUGGUGAAUCGAUGACGUGUGGCACACCGACUCGCCGGUCAACAGGCCAGCCGUCAGUCGAAUUUCCUAACCACAACAACACCAGAGUCAUUUCGAGAUCGACGCUCCAAACUACCGAACAACCACAUUGAAGAUUUGAAGACGAAAAUGGCAGAGAUCCUGAACGAAAUAAAGAAGAUCCCAAUCGUCACUAGAACCUUACUCGGACUAGCACUCUCAGUCACCGGCCCAGUCGCACUCGGAUUGGUAAACCCUUACUAUAUUCUCUUCUCAACAAGACAUAUCUUCAAAAAAUUCGAACUAUGGAGAAUCCUCACACCAUUCUUCUUCGCCGGGUCAGGAUUACAACUCCUAUUCGAUCUAUUUCUACUAUAUAGGAACUCAAUGGCACUAGAAACCCAAUCAUUUGCCGGUCGAACCGCUGAUUACGCUUGGACGAUAAUCUGCUUAAUGGUCGCUAUCAUCGGGACAAAUUACCCUCUAAAAUCUAUGAUCUUUUGGGGUCCUCUCAUGAGCGGCUUGGGAUUCAUGUGGUCCCAAAUCAACCCAGACUCUCUGGUAUCUCUCUUUGGCCUCCCGCCCUUCAAAGCAUCCUACUUUCCAUUUGCGAUGUUGGCUCUUGAUUACGUGCGAGGCGGGAUGCCACUGAUGAGCCAGUCACUCUCGGGCGUGGUAGCCGGGUACGGGAUCCACUACUUAAACAACGUCUAUCCGCCCUCAAACGGCGGACAGCGUCCCUGGUUCAUGUAUGCCCCCGCCUUUCUUACCCGGCUGCUCGAUGGAGCCCAACAGACUCCCGGUGGUGGAGGCCAACGGCUCGGCGCAGGCACCGCUUUCGCCGCACGCUCGCGCACUUGGGGUGGCCAGGCCCCCGUCAACCCGGCGGGAGGAACAACUCGUCAGGCGCCUACUACCACUCGGCACGCUUGGGGAACGGGCAACCGACUAGGCUAAGACUCUCCCCACCAAUCCUCUAGCCAUUUAUCCACAAAAGCUGCCACUGUUUAGAUUUCUCGACCCUCGUAUUCCUUAUCAAGAUUUAUCUUGGAGAUACCCCCCCCCCCCAUCAUCAUCAUCAAGUACAUAGUCAAAUCUGUCGGUCAUGUAGAUAAAUAAAAUUGCUUCAAGAAGAGGAAAGCAAAAGCCCCCCAAAAGCUGUACACAUUUUAUCUCCAAAGAUAAGACUUAUGUUGGUUAGUUAGGAGUAGAAAGGGAGUGAUGAUCUUAGAGCAAAAAUGUAAAGAUGUGGGAUGUAUACCUUAUAUGGACAUACAAGACAUCAUGAAAAGGGUUUGUUUUUCAG